AUUUACAGCGACAUUCCCCGCCCUACACUGGUACGUAUAAGUCAAUCAUGGUCGGAUUCUAUCCAUCACCCGGAGUGUCGGCGGCAUUUCUCAUUUUCUCAUUUCUCCUUGUUGGCUACGAUGAAUCAUGGAGGACUCGCAGAUGAUUUCAGCUAAUUUCUCUCGAAAUGAUGAGAGUUGAGUUUGGCUUCAAGUCAGCACCAAGAGGACUCGUCUACUUGCAUCAGGCAAUCUUCAAUGGCCUCAAUUGGAAGCAGCAGAAGCUAUUGCUUGAACUUGCUGUGCGUACCCUCGCUUCUUUUUCGCUCUCGAGUGGAUUCCAGAUCUGAUCUCGCAUUCCGCUGGUGUGGCGAGAUUGGCGAGCAACUACGGAGUACAGCGGGGCGCAAUUAGUCGCGACCCAACACGAAGCGCUGUACGAAGGGUCGCUGCUGAAAUAAAUAUUUAAUAUGCAGUGCUGUAUUCUUGGGCUUGUUUUAUUACCAUGUUAUUCUCCCGCCAUCCAAAAACGGUGACGAGAUACACACGUUGUGUCGAGGUAGAUGGUCGAAAAUGA